AAAGAACGUGUUUUGCAAAGUUUUGCUUAUAAAGGUUGCUAAUGAAUUUGACGAACAAAUAGCAUGCCAGCGAUCAGCUUAUUUGUGUAAACAUGAAUGGUUCUAGUGAUAACUUGAACAUUUGCACCACAUGUUUACAUCAGUUUUAUCUUCUGAUCGACAAAUGCAUGAAUGAUCUGGAGCCACUGUAAAAGUUUAGAUUUUCUGUUGCUGCUCUCAAAUAAAAAGCCAUGUCUAGGCGGCCCAAAAGAAGUAACAAGGAAUAUCAUUCAGUGGAGGUUGAAAAUAUGACCGAUGAAUUUGAUCCAGAUCAGACUCUUAAUGUGGACAUGACCUCUGCACUUGCGAACAUCAAGCAGAAAGGUUUCCAGGGAGCACAGAGAUCUGUAAACCAUACGAGGUGUUCUUCUGCCACUAUCGCCUCAUCCAAAAAUAGAGCCAGGCCAAAGAAAUUCUUUGAGAUGGAGGCAUUUUUGACCAUCGAUUCAACUCCAAAGAAUAAACAAUCAUAUUGCAUGGAGAUGAAAACUAACACAACACCAGUGUAUAGUGAGGAAUAUCUUCCUGAUGUGGAAUUAAUUAAUUCUGAUAAAUUAUGUAAAAAGCAGUCAUCAACCUCUACACAUAAUUUUCAGUCACGACCAUCAUUAUCACAUGGAGCCUCCAAAUCACAAUCACCUACUAAGAUGACUAGCGGGCCGUGCACACAGUAUCCGAGUAAGAUUAACUACCACGUCAAGAUGCCAUUCAAACACUGUGUCUACAGGACACCCAGCAAACAGCAGGUUGGAGUGACUACACCUUCUCAAGGCUUGAAGGAGCGGACUGCCUUUGCCACGCAGCAGGUCAACAAAAUAUUGGCUCAACAAAAGCACCAACCGACAAAGAAAAUAAAAGGAAAACUUCAAGUUGGAAAGUUGAAACCAUUAUAUCCUGUCCACAAAGAAGGGCCUUCUAUGAAGUAUUGUAGAGGAAUUGUUGCAGACACACGUUGUUACAGUGCCAGCCCGAGUCGCACGCUACAGCGUCAGAGGAGACUGAUUUGUAACAUAAACAACAUGAACAUUACCCGCCGUAUGACCGAACCAGAAUUACGCGAUACGUUGCAUUUGAUGUCGCCUAACUUUGAUGAAAACGCACACCUGUUGUAUAGCAGAUCGGGUUCUGUAACUUCUCAGGAUGAUGUAUAUCAAAUUGAAAGACCUUUGUCACUCAUCAGUAUAUCUCCACUUUCAUUUGAUCAAGAUUCAAGUGUUCCGACACCAGAGAUGAAAACUCCAGCACCUUCCCCAAAACCCAUACCAGGACACCCAGGAGAGGAUGAAGAUCAAACGAGAUUAUCAGAAGACAUGAAUAUGAAGAAACAAGAGGAGACCGUAACAAAGAAAACUGUCAAACCAGAGGUUGAUGAUCAGGCUGGGAUGGAAGAUGCUUUGACUAAAGCUUCUCAAGAGCUGAUUGGUGCUGUAGAUGACAUACAACAGAAACUCUUUCCAUCCUUCGAGGACACAGCGUCCAGGGAAAUAGAGGUUGUGGCAAGAGCCCAGACGGUGAAUAAUAGUAAUGCUGUAAGUGAUUAUGAUGAACCUGGUGUGCCUGAUCCGGUUAAGAAGAAGGUAGACAUUAAUAGAGGUGGAAGAGCCAAAGAAUUUAUAUUUAUUACAGAAGAGGCCGAUGAAUCUGACAAAGCUAACACAGGUUCUGAUGUUCAAAGGUCGACCAUUGCAGCAGAAUCGGACAUCAGUGUUAAAUCCGGGGGACGGUUAGAAAGUGCGGAAAGCCUAGACCAGCGACCACGAACCAGUGGAAGCUCGGUCCACAGGGUUAGCAGCUCCAAGUCUGUGAGAUUUGUGGACGAGCAAGACGAAACUGUUUUGUCCAGUGGGUAUCCUCGGAAACCUCAGCUAAAACCAGCACGCACAUCUUGCAAGCCAUACGGAUUGUAUGGCACGGCUAGGACACACGAUGGAGAUGAUGACAAAGAAAACAUUCCCAGAAAAACAUUAUGUCCUAGUGUUCAUAUGGAAGGUAAAGGAGCUGGAAUUAGGUCAGCUUCCAGCAGUACAACAAUUCCAGAAUCCCAGACUAAUCAAGGAAAUGUAGAUGGUUUGGAUCAACCAUUCUCAGAUACAGGUUCACAGGACAUGCAAGGAAAUGUAGAAAGUUUGGAUCAGCCAGCCUCUGAUAAAGAAACAUCUGCAUUAUUAAAUAUGUCAAAGUCUGCUGCAUCAGCCACAUCUGAGGAUGGUCAGGUUAAAGUUAAUAAUUCUGAGACCAACUCAAAGGAAUCCAUUUUGUCUAAAGUUAAUAAUUCUGAGACCAACUCAAAGGAAUCCAUUUUGGCUAAAGUUAAUAAUUCUGAGACAGACUCAAAGGAAUCCAUUUUGUCUCAGAUACAACGUAGAGAGAUGCAACCAUUGGUCAUAGAACUUGCUGAGAGCAAACUGCUUGAUGAAAGAACCAACAGUUACAGUGUAUCGGAAUGCUCUACUGUUCUGGGUGUUCUGGAGAAGUAUCCAGAUCUUUGUAAGUAUUUGAAGGUGGAAAAUAUAUCUGGACGAGGGGCAGAAUCACCAGCUAAUUCUUCAGAAGCAGCUGCCGUGGAAAUGGAGCAGUCUGGGUCCCAUCCAGCUUUUAAAAUAACUUUUUCGACUUUCGAGCCUGACAAAACUGACCGUCCAUCUUCUGCUGAAAAUAAAAGUCUUCAAGACCAAAGUACAACAACUGAGGUGAGUUCCAAACACUUGAAGAAAAGGAGGAGGAGGAAAGUAAAAGUCAAUGAUCAGGUCACCAAAUUAAACCAGGCUUGUUCUUCAACUUCUGGAAUUCAACAUGCCUAUGUAGCAAGCACCAGACAGAACUUCCCUUCAGAUAUUUUAGACUGUAGACAUGGAUCAUCAACUAAGGCUUCAGACAGUAAUUCUGUUCCAGUAAGGAGGUCAUCCAGCCCGUCUUGUCGUGUGCCCUUAUCUUCCAGAAGAUGGCGUCCAAGCAGUGCUUGUUCCAGUAGAUCGCAACCUGACAGUCCAUCAUCCACUAGGAUUCGGCCGAGCAGUGCAUGUCCCAGUAAAUCAAGUCCAAGCAUUACAUCUUUCAGAAAGUCUCGUCCCAGCAGUGCACCUUCCAUUCCAUCGUAUGCAAACAGAAGAUCAUCAAAUCCGUCUGCCACAAGUAACUUUACUCGGCUAACUCCGACAAGUCCAACCUUUCUUCAGAAACGUCGUCUGCAAGGACAGAACACAAAGGUUUCGGACCCAGGUGAAAAAUCAACUGGCGAGACUAAUGCCACGUCGUUUAAUGAACUUCAGAACCAGAUAGACAUUAUUCAGUCGGAGUUGAGAAGAAACAUAGACGAAAAUGCACUACUUCUGUCCACAACUGAGCAGUUACGAGAAAGUCUGAAGACACCAAGCAGUCCCACUUCUGUAGAUGAUGCAGACAUGUCCGGUAACUCUGAUCUCGACUCCGCAGUUUGUGAGGAGACUUCUACAUUGAUUGGUUCUGCCUCCAAUACCGGUGAUUUUUAUCUAGAAUCUGAUGAGGAUUAUGAAAAUCUGCUGUUGUCUUACCGCAAAAUGUGCAUGAAUAUCAGUGAGGGCUCUGUUGUAAACGAACAAAUCAGCACUCCAAAAUGCAAAACACCAGAGUCGACCAGAGCUGGAAAGGACAACAGUGGCAGAUUUAAGUUGGAAAGGAAGGAUGAAGAGAGGAAGUCUGCGAGUGAAACCAGCCCGAAGAUGUUAUCAGAGGUGAUUGACAGUGGCUGUGAGAGUGAGCCAGUGACGGAAGCUGUUGGUGUGGAUCACACUGGAGAGGUCACCGACAAAGAGAAGAUGAAUCUGUUAGAAGAAACCUGUCAGACUCAGCCUGAACAUAAGAUGGAUAGUGCAUCAAUCACAAAAAAUGGAUGUUCUAGUCCUGAAUUGGAGGUCAUUGCUACCACGAAAAAACUUUCAAAAGCUAAGGUAAAAGUUAAAUGUCUGAGGCCGUCUGCUCCGUUCCCACCGCUCUGCUUCUCAGUGAAUGCUCGCCCGCCACCUGGCUGUCUGUACUACUUCUCUUACGGAACGGACAUGAACAUCAACCGAAUCUCCAACUAUAUCAGCCGAAAAGUGGAGAAUCAGUUCUGGGGACUCCUGUUUGGAUUCAGCUUGGUCUUCAACAAGAGAGGUUUUGACAGGGAGUCGGGUGGUUUUCCUAACAUUGAGUUCAGCCCGUCUAGCUCAGUGGAAGGCUGCGUCUAUCAGCUGACACCCAAAGAUGUGCAGGUCCUAGACAAAUGUAUUGGAUACCCAGAGCAUUACGAACAUGUGAUGAUUCCGGUGUGGAUGUCCAACUGUCGAGACCCGGACGUUCUGGGUGUAGCUCAGUACUGUGUUCCAGCUCUCACGUACAUCGCGCAAGACAAGUGGACUGAGAAAGGUUUGCAGCCCUGUGAGUUUGCUGUUUCACAGUGUUUGAAGAGUUCCGACCUGCUGACACCACAGUACAAGGAACACCUGGUGAAAAUGUCCGUGUCACCGCAAACAGUGGAAGCUUCAGAGUAGAUGCUGCGAUGGGAAAAUACAUCAUGAUGAAAGUGUUUUGUAACAUACAAUGUAAUGGUUAUAAAUACGUGACACAGGGUUAGUUCUGGCCCUCGCCAAAUUCACCAGUUGCAUUUCUUAAAAGCAGUUGGAAAAUUUUAUUUGAAUUUGGCUAAAUAAUUUCAUGUAAUCAUGGACAUUUUGUUAGAAAAUAACUGGGGUUCUGUAAUUUUUUUAAUUUA